AUGGUGUCUAUUCGUACAGAGGAUGUCAGCUACAGAAAGAGAUGUUAUGUCCAAGCUCUUCGGCAUACGGGUUGGACAUUUCAGCGGAUUGCUAAUGAUCAAGGCCUUGCAGUCUCGACAGUGUAUGGAAUUUGCAACUCACCUGCUACACCACAGAGAGAAGGGAGAUGCGGCCGUCAUGUGAUAAUUGAUACACGUACCCGUCGUAUGUUGGUUUUUGAAGCCACCUCUACUGCUGAAUCUAGGAGGAAACCUUUGUCAGAUAUUGCUCAAGAGGUUGGCAUUCAGGUAUCUGCCAAAACUCUCCGUGACGCUUUUGCUAAAGAAGGGUAUCAUCGACGUGUGGCACGAAAGAAGCCCUUUCUCAAUGAGACUCAAAGAAACAGAGGUCUCAGAUUUGCUCUGGAACGUCAUAAUUGGACUGCAGAAGACUGA